AGUUGGCAUUACAAUUUUGCCACAAAAAGUUUUACGGUGUCACAUCCAAUUGUGUGUUCUGAACCCUCCUCCACAGGACGAAGGGGGACUGAGGUGUUUUGUGUGGUGAUCCAAUUUAAAGGAUAAAUAUAUUUAAUUAAGCAAAAAAGGGACAAUUAAGUGCACGUAAUGAGAGUCUUUGUGGCUCUAUUGGCAAUCUGUGCUCUGGCACGAGCUGAUAUUUCUCUAAUAUCGGCGGGAUCUCUCAAUUCUGCCAAUGACGAUGGAUACUAUUAUCCUAAACCAGCAGUUCCCUUUGAACUUCCAACUAAGCUGGAACCCGUUGUGAUCGUUCAAAAAGGAUAUGACUAUCCAAAGCCCAAAAUUCCAUUCCCACCCGUUUCAGAGUAUAAACCUGUUAGAAUUGUACCGGAAUACCUACCUCCAACCACUCCAGCUCCAAGGCCAAGUGGUUAUGUGUAUCCAAAGCCACAGGUGCCAUUCACUUUACCACCUCCAACCACACCGCGGCCACCACCAAGGCAGGUCUUCGUUCAACAAAAAGCACCAGUGGUAGAACCCCAAGGGUACUUCUACCCUAAGCCUAAGGUGCCCUUCCCGCAACCAACUGCACCAAAACCAGUGGUAAGAGGAUAUGAAUACCCUAAGCCUGUGGUGCCUUUCACCCUACCACCACCAACCACUCAGAGGAUCUACACAACUCAGAAACCUGUAACCUUACCACCUCCAACUAAAGGUUACGUGUACCCUGUGCCUAAAGUUCCUCUGACUCUACCCCCUCGUCCAGUGCCAACAACACCAAGGCCAGUUUUUACAACGCAGAAAGCUCUCCCUAUCUCCACACGAGCACCUCCUAAGCCUCUUGAGGGCUACUCAUACCCCAAACCUGUGGUUCCCUUUAAUCUACCCAGCCCAACAACUCCCAGGCCACCACCACCCCCUCCACCGCCAAGACAGGGCUACUAUUACCCCAAGCCUGAAGUGCGUCUACCUCUUCCAACAAGACCUCCACCCCCUGCGCCAACCUAUACAGCCCUCAAACCCCUACCUAUUGUCAAGCAAGGUUAUGUAUAUCCUAAACCUCCGGUGCCUUUCUCUCUUCCACCGAGGGUCUUUGUAGCUGAAAAACCUCUUCCAAUUACAACACAGCCACCUGUGUAUUUGCCUCCUGUUACAACACCGAGACCAGUGACUGUGUCCUAUUUGCCACCACCUACAACUCCUCGUCCACCCCCUCCACCUCCUCCUCGUGUUGUCGUUCAGAAAUCUCCGGUGAUUGAAGGUUACAGUUACCCACGUCCUCGAGUGCCGUUCGCCCUUCCACCACCUACACCCAGAGUGUAUACUACUGAGAAACCUGUAACGAGAACUACCCCAGUUCCAACAUACCUGCCACCAAAGCCAACACCAACAUACUUGCCGCCACCAUCCACUACCUUGCGAACUCUUCCACCUCCAGUCUACACAACUCAGAAACCCCUGCCAAUUGUGACUGAAGCCAGGACAGCUCCCCCAGCAACGUACUUACCUCCCACAACAAGAAGAGUUUAUACAACAGAGAAACCAGUUUAUUUACCACCUAGGACCACAACUCCAAGACCACCACCACCUUCACCAACUCCGACAUAUUUGCCGCCAGUUACACGACCACGAACGACACCACGACCACCUCCUCCACCCCCAAGGCCAACCCCUAGUUACCUGCCUCCUCCAACUACGAGGAGGGUAUUCACGACAGAAAAACCAGUGUAUUUACCCCCAGUUACUACAACACCUAGACCGCCACCACCAAGACCAACCCCUACAUACCUUCCACCCCCUUCAACUGUAAGAGUGCCUGUUCCAGUCUACACAACCCAGAAGCCUCUGCCAAUUGUUACAGUCGCUAGAACAGUAGCUCCAGCAUAUCUUCCACCUAGAACUACAACUCCUAGGCCUCCACCACCUAGUCCUACACCCACUUACCUUCCUCCCCCAUCAACAGUGAGGGUACCUGUUCCAGUUUACACAACCCAGAAGCCUCUGCCAAUCGUUACAGUUGCGAGAACAGUAGCCCCAGCAUAUCUACCACCUAGGACUACAACUCCUAGACCUCCUCCAUCUCCAACUCCUAGUUACUUACCACCAGUACCUAGGACUACCCGCCCUCCUCCUCCAUCCCCUACUCCAACUUACCUUCCACCUCCGACAACGAGGAGGGUAUUCACAACUGAGAAGCCAGUGUAUCUGCCGCCAGUUACCACAACACCAAGGCCUCCUCCACCAACUCCAACAUACUUGCCACCUAGAACAACCCGACCUCCUCCACCUCCUACCCCAACCUAUCUCCCGCCUACAACAACUCCAAGACCAACCCAACCUCGGACUACUCCAACACCGGAAUAUUUGCCACCUCAACCUAGUGGAUACUUCUAUCCCAAACCCGCUAUUCCCUUCGAUUUUUAAGGCAUACCCUGCAGCAGCAUUCCAAACUUUUAUCAUAUAAAAGUCAUUGCCACUCUGUGAGUGACUGUUAACGGAAAAUCAGAUGGAUAUAAUAUUUAAAGAGAAUGAUUUAAGGAACUAUAUAGAAAAUUCAAGAAAUCCCUUAUCAAGGGUCCAAAAGAUAGAAAUAAAAUCUUCAAUUAAAUUUCCCUUUGCACCACACUGCCAGAAAAUUAGAGUCCCAGUUCACUGAUUUAAUUAUAUUAUGGUUUUGUAACAAAAUUUCAACACUUAACGCGGUGAAAAUUGCUUCUAAGAGGAGUUGAUGGAAAUUAUAGACUAUUGUAAAUUGGUACCUCUGAGGUGCAAAAACAAUGAUUUCUAAAUACUCAUUCUUUUUGUGAAGAUAUAACUUAAUAAAGUAUAAAUCUUGUGGA